UUAAUUCUUCACCCACUUGCUUGACCGGGCCGCUAUACCGGGUUGACAGAGCCGGAAGGAGCCGCCGGCCGCCCUCUCUAUUUGUAACUUCUGCUUGCUUACGUGAAGGAAUAAGCGCAUCACCUCUAUUCUUCUCCUUCGUAUUCUUCUCCAGCUGUGGAGAAUUGUGAAAAUGUGGUGGUUUCCCGUUUGCAUCUUUCUUUCUCCUCGAUCCGAUCCACAAUUCGCGCGCUGAUUCUAAUUCGUCGUCGCUGCGCAACUCGUUCUGCGCCGCCUUCUGUGAGCAACUGAACUCUCUCCCGCCCACUGAUUUCCUUGUUCGUUCAUUUCCUUGUCUUUGGAAUUUCUCUCGAUCUGCUUCGUUAAUUUUCCCCGCUUCCGGGGGAUUAGUCUCAGUCAUGUUUUAUGGUUCAAUUGUAUGGGAUCCAUGGCUAAUUGUCGCCCAGAUCGUGUGCCUUCAAUGCCUCUACUAUCUCACCGUCGGACUCUUCCUCUCCAUUCUCGUUGGGACCCGCGUUUCUCGACUCAGUCUCGUCUAUUUCUUUGAUUUCGUCACCGUCACCGCGUCUUCCGUCACUGGAUGGUGCGUUAUCGCCUCCUUCUUGCUCAGCUCCCUCGCCGGGAGCUGGAUUUAUGCUUUAUUUGAUUGAGAGGGCAAAGAAGUGCUUAGACUUUUCCGCAACCAUCUACAUCAUCCAUCUCUUUAUAUGCUUGACAUAUGGGGGAUGGCCUUCUUCUCUGACGUGGUGGGUUGUGAACCUUACUGGACUUGCAGUGAUGGCAUUGCUAGGUGAAUACCUUUGCAUUAGGCGUGAACUACGAGAGAUACCUAUUACCCGAUAUCAUCGACCAAAUGUUUGACGUAUGUAGACAGCCUUCCCGACUAUAGAUCCCAUUCCUUCUUCAGAACUCAACAUUGGGGAUAGACAGACAUUCACGAGCUUUUGAGGAGCUCCUGCUUCCUGCUAUUGAGAGGUCCGAAAUGGCAAUAGGAAGAAGUAAUUUUUAGCCAAUAUAGGAUCCUUCUUUAUCUUAUUGUGCCCGAAAGAAGUAACAGAGGAAUGGCCACUCCACAUUUGGGGUUGGUUCUUAAUGAGUGGGAAAGGGAGCUCUGAGAAUAGGUAUGCAUUUUGUUUCGGUGAAUAUGAAUGUAAAGCUUUAGUUGAUCUCUACAUAAUAUCAUUCGGCCAUUUGUGUGUGGUAUACUGGAUUACUGGUAUUGCUAUUUGUUGCAAUUUCUCCACUGCCAUAUCUGUUUGGCAAUAGGCUGUUUUGGCCCUUUACCCGCUGGGAAUGGAAAUAAGAAAACGGAUGGCCUCUGUUUCAGCCACCUGGGUAAUGGAUCAAAGAACAAUGGUCUCUACGAGAAUCUGAAUAAU